CUGUUUCCUGAAAUCCACAAGCCUGCUGCUUGGCUCUGAUGUGAUCUGUUUAUUUUAAUUUCCCAGGGGUUGCAUUUCCGGGAUUCUUUGCAAUUUCUCUGGCGUUUGGAAAGGGAAUUCGAUUCUUAAGGGGGAAGCGGUGGAUUGUCAGAUCUGCACAGAAAUGGAAUCGGAUAUACAGAGGAUUGUGCCGAGAGAAGGGAGUUUGCAGGAAGUUGAAACUGAAGACUCUAAGGCCAGGAACAAGGAACCUCAAAGAAUCAUUCACUUUGCAAAUGGAGAAACCAUGGAGGAAUACAGUACUGAUGAGGAAAUUGAAGAGGAACAGAAAGCUACGGAUCCGGUGAAUCCGUCUGAACUUCCUUGGAGAUGGUUCCUGUGGUUUCGGGUAACUCAAGUUGCCAGGAUUUCCUUAUUCACCUGUGAUUUUCUUGGAGAGAAAUUGGCCAGCCUAUUGGGAUUGACGUCAGCCAAGUACCAGUACGCUAUAGAUGAAUAUCACACUGUUCAAAAUCAGAUCAAAGAAGAGGAUGAAGAUGGUGAAGAAAUGGCUGCCAUCGAGAACCCUGAAAUGAACCAUGAGAAACGACCACUGCCAUUGCACAGCGUGGAGUAUGGGACUAUAACCGAGGGAGAGAAACUGAGGGAUGGAAGUGAUUCGGUGAACCAGCGGGCUGUAGCUUUUAUCAAUGAGGCAGUGGAAGCAGACAUUGAAAGCAGUCACCAAAAGGGGGAAGAUAGCAAAUAGUGACUGUGGCCAAGUACCUGGUCAAACGUCCAUUGUUUUAAUACAUUCAGAAAAUGUGAGACUCAAGUGUGUCACACACACACAUAGGCAGUAACCCACAAACACACAGACAUAAAUAGGACAACGGGCAGGCAAUGGCAUACUCGCAGAAUAGCACGCAGUCAGUGACAAAUACAUGGGACCACUGUCAGACCUUAAUGCACACAGAACAACACAUAGGCAGUGACACACACAUAGGCAGCAACACGCAGACAGGACAGCACACGUGUGGUAACGUAAACACAGAAGCACCAGCUGCUUAAUCAGGAUCUCAUGUGAGGGGUUUUGGCAAAUAGAUGUGCCUCUCAUGAAGUUAAUUU